GAGCAGCCUGCGUGGCAGCAGCGACACAAACCACAGAGAGAGAGAGAGAGAGAGAGAGAGAGAGAGAGAGAGAGAGAGAGAGAGAGAGAGAGAGACUCGGGGGAGGGGGUCUGUCUGUCGGUGUGGGGAGUUGCACAACAACCCGGAUAAAUGUAACUUGUGGAAAGUGUUCAAAGCUUUCAGGCAGGACAUUACUGACUCCUCUCUCAGUGUUGUUGUGGGUGGGUGUGAUGCCACUAUGGAGGCGCAGAACAACAACCAGCCUACCUUAGACAACCAAAACAAUCUCUACAAGAUACCUGGUCAAGAGGAUCAGAAAAAUGUGCCAAGUUGUAAGUACUGCUGCACUCUGGCAAACUUCCGGAUUGAAAAGAAGAUCGGUCGGGGCCAGUUCAGUGAAGUCUACAAAGCUACAUACCUGCUGGAGGGACAGCUGGUUGCACUUAAGAAAGUCCAGAUCUUUGAGAUGAUGGAUGCCAAGGCUCGUCAGGACUGCGUCAAAGAGAUAGAUCUACUGAAGCAGCUGAAUCAUCCCAAUAUAAUCAAAUACCUAGACUCCUUUAUUGAAGACAAUGAGCUCAACAUUGUUCUGGAGCUGGCAGAUGCUGGAGAUCUCUCCCAGAUGAUAAAGUACUUCAAAAAGAAGAGGCGGCUAAUUCCAGAGAGGACUAUAUGGAAAUAUUUUGUGCAGCUCUGCAGCGCCCUGGAGCACAUGCACUCACGCAGAGUAAUGCACCGUGAUAUCAAGCCAGCCAACGUGUUCAUAACAGCCACAGGGGAGGUAAAGCUCGGUGAUCUGGGAUUAGGCCGCUUCUUCAGCUCUAAAACGACGGCAGCACACUCCUUAGUGGGGACACCUUACUACAUGUCACCGGAGAGGAUCCACGAGAACGGAUACAAUUUCAAGUCAGACAUCUGGUCCCUGGGAUGUCUUCUGUAUGAAAUGGCGGCGCUGCAGAGUCCGUUUUAUGGGGACAAAAUGAACCUCCUCUCCCUCUGUCAGAAGAUUGAGCAGUGUGACUACCCUCCACUCCCACCUGACCAUUACUCUGAGAAGCUGCGGGACCUGGUUAGCAUGUGCAUCAGCCCGGACCCUGAUCAGCGGCCGGACAUUGUCUUUGUGCUGCAGUUCUCCAAACAGAUGCACAUGUGGACUUCCAGUACCUGAGUACCAUUUCUGCUCCAAGGCCCCCACCCCCUCCUCUCUGCUCAGUGUGAGGAUGUCAAACCACUAGAAGGAAGCUCUGCCUGGUGUUUGCCUGCCCUCAUCUCGACAGGAGGAAACCGUGGAAACUUGCACAAAUGGGCCGUGAUGUUUUGUCAUCCAGGCACCUGCUUUUUUCUGUGUCAUGGAGGAUGUGAAGAGGUGCAUUAGCGGUGUGGCACUCGUGGAAAAUGGAGUUUAUGAAACCACACUUGUUCAUGUGAGAGCCGACUGCAUUUCUGUGCUUUUCUUUAAAGAUGGAGAGUGUGUCUCACUGACAGCAGGUUUCUAAGCUUUCUUUGUAUCACUCCACAGGAGUUUCAUUCCAAGUUCACACCCUUUGUGUCAGGUGAAGUGUGUGCAGUAGAGCUGGCCAAUUUGAAUAUCUAUCAUUUAUUGUCAUCAUUAUUAUCAUUGUAAUCAUAUCCAUUUUUUAUUUUGUCAAUUUAAGCACAUAGGGGUCAAAAUGGACAGUCAGUAAAGCCUUAUUAAGAAUUACUAAGUCCUUUGAGAUGAUUUCUGACAGAAAGCAGCUUGCAGUGAGUCUAACUAUGAUGGAGAACAGCUGGAAAACUCCACAUGUGAAACUUGUAUUUAUUUCUAGAAGAAAGAAGGAAGUUCUCCUGUGAAAGCCAGAGUGGCUGGUGAUUUAGAAAUGUUUGAUAUCUCAGCAUAAUCGUUUCAUUAUUUCAUUGAUCUUUUUGGCCGCUUGGAGGCAGCACAACAAGCUGCAAACACAACACUGAUAUAUUAUAGUGGUGAACACGUCGGCAAACAGUUUCCUGUUUACACAUAUGCAGACACAGAACAACGUUAGCAUUUAUUUGGAGUUGAGUUUGUGACCACCAGUCAAAUAUUCAUCUCUGCUUCGGUUUUCAACAACUCCUCAUGGGGCCUCAUUACAGAGACUGCAGUGCAUGGGAAUCGAACAUUGGAUGGUCCAAACGGCAACUUAUAUUUACAGGAAGUGAAGUGCAUACUUGGGUGAUCGAUUUCCAGUAGCUGCCCAAGACUGCAGAGAGCUCACAGCUGGUUCAUGAGGCCUUCAUGCAGAUACAGACACAUGCUGAUUUUAUUUUCACAAUAAAUAAUAUGAGUAGGAUCAAUUACUCAUCAUCAUUCUGAUGACUGUGAAAGACAAUCAUCUGACCAUGACACAAGUGUUUUUAAUAAAGAACAUAUUUAGACAGCGUCUCACAUCUCAUGGCCCUCUGGAGGAACUUUAUCAAAUCUAAAUUAUCUCAGUUUGGGCUCAUAGACGACAAAUUCUAACCAAAAGAGUUAUACAUUUGGAGUUUGAGACAGGCAGGGAGAUUCAGUUAAGUUGUAUUAUGGGAAAUUAUACAAGGACUAGAAAUCACAAUCCCUCAGCCUCUGCUGCUUCACUUCUCACCAUCAGUCAUCAUUUACAACCACCAUCACCUUCACCACAGCCCCUCUUGGCUUCCUGUAUGUUUUCUAUUGCCAAGUCUCUGUGUCCUUGCUCCUGGAUGUAAUACUCAAAUGCAAACUGUGCCAACCUCUGAGUUUCUUCCUUUAGCUCCUCAGUUCACUCAGUAUAUUUUGAAUUUGUGAUUUGUGACUUUCAUAUUGCCUAAAACCUUUAUAUUAUGCAUAUCAGUGUCACUGUCGAUAGUGGAAUAAAAGGAAAGUAAAGGACAGACCUGUAAUCAACUUAAAUCAUCAUCGUCAUCACUGGGUAACUGAAGAAAGAGUGUCCUCUGCUCAAUCUGUUCAUCACAUACACACACACACACACACACACACAGUUGUUGUAGAAUAACGUGGUGGUGGGUGUUGCUGGGUGUAGAGUUCCAAAGAUGUUGCAUAUGAUUGCAGUAUAAUGUGAUGCACAUCACCAGAGUGCAGUUGAUCUUGCUCAAAGUGUUUAAAUGUGCAAAUGUUGACCAUUGCUACUGUGAAGCGAUAAACACACGGUGAGUGAGAUGCUGUGAAGUAGACAGUACAAAAGAAUCUGUGGCAUGGUGCCUUACUGAACCUUAUUUUAUUCAUUUCUUAAUGACAACUUGUAUUCUCUGCUAAUAAAGUGAAUGUUACACACAGGAAGAGGAAACGUUUAUAAUUCUCAUCAUGUUUUAGACAACUAUCUUCAUCCUCCAUCUACUGUACUUACUGAAUUGUGCCAUUUUGUUUUUACCAACUACUUUUCUGUGGAGCAUGAGUUCACUCCAGCUCUGUGGAAUCACUGUCACGUGCUUCCUCUUUUGCAUUUGUAAAAAUAAAAGAUGAAAACAUUGUA